AUGGUCUUUGCGGAGGAAGUGAGUAGUUUCUCCCAUUUCUGUAUACCAGCUGGAGCCCAGUGCACAACCUACGGAGAAUGUAUUGUUCACUCUGAGUGCUCUGCCUCUCAUGGUGGUGAAUGCCAGUGCAAAAAGGAAUACUUUCAGAAGGAUGGCAAGUGCCUGGUGAAGAAACCUCCUGGACAUGGAUGCGAAGCGGAUGCUGAAUGUGUGGACGAUUCCAUAUGCUCUCCUCUGACUGGACUGUGUCAGUGCAUCCGGGGGCUGUUUGUGGCCGGAGCACAGUGCAAAGCACUGAUAGAUGCAGGUCAGCCUUGCACGAGUCUGGGUCAGUGUGUGGUCAAUGCAGAGUGCACGUCCAAUUCAGGAGGCCUUUGUGACUGCGCUCAAGGCUAUUUUAAUUAUGGAGGUGUGUGUAAAGAAGUGCUGCCUGCAGGAGCUUCGUGCACAGGACGGGGACAAUGUGUAAACAACGCCGAGUGCUCAUCAGAAACAGGCGGCACAUGCGACUGCAACGUGUCAUUCUACAAACACAACGCCACGUGCCUUCCGGUCAUAUCCGCUGAUAAACCUUGCACCAAAAAAGGACAAUGUGUGCAGUUCGCUGAAUGUUUAUUGGGCAACGAAACUGGUGUGUGUACCUGUGACGUAGGCUUCUUCCAGCAAGAUGGAAACUGCCAGGAACUGUCCCGUGUAGGAGGCCCUUGCCAGGGCCCUCACCAGUGCGUUGAAAAUGCUUCUGAAGAUCACUCUGGGCAGUCUCUGGCAUUUAGCUUUGGAGCAGGUGGAUACAACACGAUAUGCGAGCCCUACAUCGCAGUGGGAAAGCCGUGUACACAGAAAGGUCAAUGUGUUCCACAGGCUGAAUGUUCCGCCGGAAGUGGCGCCGCCUGGGGUUCCUGUAUGUGUAGUCCUGGUUACUACAGUGCUGAGGGCGCAUGCUUUGCAAGGAUUCCUGCUGAGGGCGAAUGCACUGCCCUCGGCCAGUGUGCAGACCAUGCAGAAUGUUCGAUGGAUACUGACUUAAACAAAGAAAUAUGCAAAUGCAUGGCUGACUUCUAUGCCCUCAACGGCCAGUGUUGGCCCACUGUCGAUGCUGGCAAGCCAUGCACAGGCUGGGGACAGUGCGUGCCCAACGCCCAGUGCUCCACGGACCGGGGAGGCACAUGCGACUGCUCAGAAGACUUUUAUCAAAACAGAACUCGCUGCCUGGAGAGAAAUCGUGUAGGAGACCGGUGCGAUGUUGCGUCACAGUGCGUGAAGUUCGCUGUCUGUCAGGUGGAGAAUGGCAGUCUGUGUCAGUGUGACGCAAACCAUGUGGAGAAAAACGGGCGAUGUGAAGUUCCGCCGGACGACGGCACAACUGAAGAAGGUGCCAGUGAAACUGGGUCAAACAUCGUGUUGAUUGUCGCCAUCGUCGUGGGCUUGCUGCUUUUCCUCCUGACUUUGACUUGCUGCCUCUUCUUCUUGUGUGCUAGACGCCGGAAAAAGAACAAGAAAAACAGAGAAGAUGUCGGCUCAUUCACUGAUUCAGCUCUAAGUGACAGCACCAGCAGCAGCAGGAUCCCAAAGCCAUAUGCCAACUACGCUGUGCCUUUCUACUACCCAGCAACCCGCUCUGUCAGCAGCCUUCCCUUUUCAGACAUGCCUAUCUAUAUGCAGGACCUGACCCUGGCAGAUACAGAGGAAAGUGCAAGCGCCUACAUCUGA